AUGGCCACGGCUUUGUGUUUCGCCACCUUGGACAGUUCUAUUGAACAAUACCUCAUCCCGCACGAACGCUACAAGGUAGACACUAGGACCUUCCCGGGAAACCGCGAUUACUGGUACUCUAAGUGGGCCUACGCCGAGGUUGCCGCGGUUGAGGUGGAUGGUAAAAAUAUCCCCAAGGCUCCAGCCGGCCAACACUGUUUCCCACCAAAUGAUUGCUGGGAGGUCAUCGACAAAAAACACAUUUCCUAUGUAACGGGACCUCUGAAGGGGGACCAAGCGACGAUAACGUUGGAACUUACCAAAGGAAAACCAAUUACGCUUUUGUACAAGAAGGCUUACAGUGGGUGCCCGUGCAAUAGUGUUAAAGCCAGUGUAAAAGCUGACUAUGUUCAGGAUGUCGCUGACUGUGAGAGUAUGCUUCAUGCCAUAAUUUAUGACCAGCCCCUCAAGGUAAGUGUACACUUAUGUUACCGCUUUGAAUAA